UCGUGGGGUUAUCAACGUCAAGAGCACACCAAGCGCUGAGUUCCCCAUUCCAUUUCAAUAGUAUCAUGUAAACUUGGCUAUUUUCUUGCUUCUUUUCCCUCUUUUCUUCUUUCUUCCCACUUCAGAUGAUGCUUAGGUCUCCCUCCCAUCAGCUGUUAUUCCAAGCAACUACAUUCGGCAGGGUUCCUUGAUGAUAAGAAACUUGUCCAAUCAGCUCAUCAUUUCAUUAAUCAAACGACAGAUAUUACUAAAUCUAAAGAGCAAGAAGGCAAGCAAAAAUGAGCUCCGGUCCCCUCUAUCUGGGUUUCGAUCUCUCGACCCAGCAACUUAAAGCCAUUGUCACAUCCUCGGACCUGGCAGUCAACUCAGAAGCUAAGGUCGAUUUCGACGCGGAUUUCAAGGAAAAGUACGGUAUUAACAAGGGCGUGCGCAUCAAUGAGGAUGAAGGCGAGGUAUACCAGCCCGUGGCGAUGUGGGUGGACGCUGUGGACCUUGUGCUAUCGCGCCUGAGGGAGAAGGGGUGUCCGAUGGACCGGAUCAAGGGGAUCAGUGGCUCAGGUCAGCAGCACUCGAGCGUGUACUGGAAUAGCGACGCCGAGGCAACCUUGAAGGACCUCGACCCGGGACGUUCUCUACUCGAGCAGUUGGGAGGGGUGUUCGCUUACGAGUUUGCGCCGAAUUGGCAGGACCAUAGCACACAGAAGGAAUGCGAUGACUUUGACGCCCACCUCGGCGACCCGCAGCAGCUUGCUGAAGUCUCGGGGAGCGCUGCGCAUCAUCGAUUUACGGGAACACAGAUCCUACGGAUGCGACGCCGACGCCCGCAAGUUUACGAAUCGACUGCGCGCAUCUCUCUGUGCUCUUCGUUCCUCGCAUCUGUCUUCCUCGGUGCCAUCGCGCCAUUCGACAUUAGCGACGUGACGGGGAUGAACUUGUGGGAUAUCAGCGCCAAGUCGUGGAACGAGAAGCUCCUCGAACUCACAGCAGGCAGCGCGGAAGGGGUCACGGCACUGCGCAAGAAGCUCGGAGAUGUGCCUCUAGACGGCGGUGUUAUCCUGGGCACGGUAGCGCCGUAUUUCGUGCAGCGCUUCGGAUUCAGUAAAGACUGCCGCAUCACGGCCUUCACAGGCGAUAAUCCAGCGACCAUCCUCUCCCUACCCCUCCGACCCCUCGACGCCAUCGUCUCGCUCGGGACCUCGAGCACCUUCCUGAUGAACACGCCCGCCUACAAGCCCGAUCCCUCGUACCACUUCAUGAACCACCCCACAACGCAAGGCAACUACAUGUUCAUGCUCUGCUACAAAAACGGCGGCCUCGCGCGCGAAAAAGUCCGCGACGCACUGCCCAAGCCCGAGGGAAAAGAAAAGGACCCCUGGGCCAAUUUCAACAAGGCCGUCCUGGAGACGCCAGCCCUCGACGUCAAGAACGACGGCGACCCCGCCAAGCUCGGGCUGUACUUCCCCCUGCCGGAAAUCGUGCCCAACGUCCAGGCCGGCACAUGGCGUUACACGUGCAAUGCGCGAGACGGAUCUUCGCCAGAAGAAUACUCUGCCUCGUCAAGUAAAACGGAAUGGACGCCCGAGGCCGACGCGCGAAUCAUCGUCGAAUCCCAAGCCCUCUCGAUGCGUCUGCGGUCGCAGAACCUCGUAUCCGCCGUCCCGGACCACCCGGAGCUCCCCGCGCAGCCGCGCCGCAUCUACCUCGUGGGCGGCGGCUCGCUGAACCCGGCCAUCGCGCGCGUCUUCGGCGACGUGCUCGGCGGCGCCGAGGGCGUGUACCGGCUCGACGUCGGCGGGAACGCGUGCGCGCUCGGCGGCGCGUAUAAGGCGCUCUGGGCGUGCGAGCGAGGCGGCGACGGGAAAGCCGAGGGGCAGAAGUGGCAGAGCUUCGACGAGCUUAUUGGUGCGAGAUGGAAGGAAGAGGGAAAUAUCCAGAAGGUGGACGAUGGGUAUCGGGAGAGGGAGUACGCGAUGUAUGGGAAUGUGCUGGGCGCCUUUGAGGAGAUGGAGCGGAGGGUCUUGAGCGUUGCGAAGAAUUAGGUUAGGUGUGUUUAUUGGGGUAUAUAGAGUUUGUAGACCGUAUAUAUCUCCCCUUUUCCCGGGCAGAUGACAUCGCAGGGUAGAUUAUGUAUGGUCCGUGGCGAUAUCAUUUCAAAGGUCGAAUUUAUAGACCAGCAUAUUUAUUGUAUUGUCAUAAAUAAACCUUCGGAAUAGCUACAAGCAUUAUAACCACUGUUCGACGA